AUGGCCGACCCCCGUGUUGAAGAGCUCCCCGAUGAGGAAGUCCCCAAGAACGUCGAAAGCGAGUCCGAAUCCGAGGCUGGCGAUGAGCCCGUCAUCCCCGGCGGCGCUGCUGUCACCAUCCACUCCCGUAACGAGAAGAAGGCUCGCAAGGCUAUCGCCAAGCUCGGCCUGAAGCACGUCCCUGGCAUCACUCGUGUCACUCUCCGCCGCCCCAAAAACGUAAGAACUCCUGUCCACGGAUCUCGCCAGCAUUCCGCCGCUGUACAUCGAAGCAAUCGUCAGCUGCAAAGAUACAACAUUACCUGCCGUACAAAUACGCUAAUGGUCUCGUUUCUUGCUAUCCAGAUGCUCUUCGUCGUCAACCAGCCCGACGUCUACCGUUCUCCCUCCAGCAACACCUGGAUCAUCUUUGGUGAGGCUAAGAUUGAGGACCUGAACGCCCAGGCCCAGGCUUCCGCCGCUCAGCAGCUCGCUGCCGCUGAGGCUGCUGGUGAGCACGCCGGUCACGAUCACGAUCACGAUCACGACCACGACCACGGCAAGGGCAAGGCCCCCGAGACCGAGGCCAAGAAGGAGGAGGAAGAGGAUGAUGGUGAGGAGGUUGACGAGUCUGGUCUCGAGGCCAAGGACAUCGAAUUGGUCAUGGCCCAGGCCAGCGUUUCCCGAAAGAAGGCCGUCAAGGCUCUGCGGGAGAACGACAAUGAUAUUGUCAACUCCAUCAUGGCCCUCAGCAUAUAA